UUUCAAUUUUAAUUAGUAUAGUGUACUUACAUCAAAUCUCCAGCUGCAAAGAUAUAUUGGCCUUUUAUUUUUAUUAAACGGGCAGUCUGCCAAAUUUUUUAUACAUAGCUGGUGCCGGUAAAAAAAAAGACGAACAGCCAUGACCGCCAAUGUUGAUGAUUUGGUGUCUGAAAUGACGCACCUCAGCAUUGAGAGAGCGCUCAGACAUGCCGCUGUGGUCUCCCUUACAUGUAAAGCUGAACGCACACUGGGUCCGGAUCGGCCGACAUGGACGGAGCAGUUACAUUCACAAAAGAAAAGUAAAGACUUGCCACCACCAGUUUCUGCUCCUAAAACGAAGCCCGAAUCAGAACCAGCGCCGAAAUUGGCCGUAGUGAGGCCGUUGACGCCGACUCCUGACGACUUUCCAGACAUAAAUACGCUCAACAAUAGCAUUGUUAAGCGGGAACUCGCCGAACAAUGCAAGCAGAGUGUUCGCAAUGCACUCACUGCUCUUCAACAGCAGCGCCAACAGUUGUCUACCGAAAAGGAACGAAGUGCCAUGGAGCUCAAUAUAGAAAUUCAGGAAGAGCGCUCUAAGCGCUUGGCAUUGAAAAAACAAAUGGACUUGCGCAUCGAGCAGCAGGCCGAGCAACUGGCCAAUGCCCAGCUGGAGGCGGAUAAGCGGGAGCAGGAAGCUUUGCAUAAACAAACAAAUCAGCUGUUGCACGACCUUUCGUUCGAGGGUGUGGCGCGUUACCAAUUAAAGUUUCGUAUGAAGUACGAAGGUAUUGCCAAGGUACUCAUGGCACUCGAUAAGGAGACGCAAAAGGCCUGUGGCGCCCAUAACCGACAAUUGAGCAGCUUGGUGCAAAUGUUCGACAAUCUAAUAGGCCAAAUAAAGGCCGGCAACUGCGGGCCGCAGGAACUCAUGUCGGCGGAGCAAUUUUGUCACUCUUUGGAUGAAGUGGAGGACAAAUUCCACAAACAGCUGAAGGAACUGUCUCAGCAGCUGGCGCAUCGACAACACCAGCUGAAAGUGGAUGAGGCAAACAAAGCUAAACAAUUGGCAGAGGAAAAACAGCGCGCGGAACAUGAGGAGCAAGUGAAAAAGGAGCAGGAGUUUGAGGCUCAAAAACAAAAGGAACAGCAGCAACAACAACAGCAGCAACAACAACAGCAGCAGCAACACCAACAGCAGCAGCAACAACAACAGCAGCAGCAACAAGAGGCUUCAAUGGCAGCAGCAGCCCCUGAGGCGCCACCAACAGGCAUGACAACAACAACAAUAGAUGGCAACAACACAGCAGCCUCAUCGGUACCUUCAAUAUCUACCACAUAUGUCCACCCCACACGCCUUGCUUUCUCUACUGAUAUCAAUAACUUUUAUCAGAUCAAAGUAGAGAGCGUUAAGCCACUGCAAACGGAUGAGGCAUGGAAAAAAUAUCGCACGAAUUGCCAGCGUGCUAUUAACGUGCCGCUUAAUGCCAUCACAGCCGUCAGUGCGCAACACUUGACACUAAAUUUUGAAAAAUUAUUGAACUUUUUCGCCGGCCAACCCGUCAAGACGACAGAUGGUAGCUCCAUAACCAUCAAUGAUCAUCCGUUGGCACGCGAUUAUUGUGUCCUGUUGAUGGCCAAGAAAUUUGUCAGUCAAAGUGAGACGGCAAUUUCGAGUAAUCCACAAGCGGCAUUUCCUUUUGCAUCUGUGAUUGUAACAUUUUGGAAACUACUGCCUGAUUUUGGCAAAAUAUUUUUAGCGUACAUUUACAAAGAAUCACCGUAUUUGAUACCCUAUAUAAUGCCACAGCUGCAGGGACAGACACCAGAGCAAUAUCUCAAAUCCAUUGGAUACAGACUGUCUGAUAAGAACGAAAUAGAGAAGCCCGAUAUGUAUCUAAAGCGCCAGACCGGCCUGGCACGCCUAUAUGCGGCCGUUAUUAUCACACCGGGAAGGAAAGUAGACGGCCCAGCACAUCCGUUUGGCAUUGAGGAGGCCUGGCGAUGGCUGACGCAUAUCUUACAGGUCAAGCCACUGCCCGACAUUUGCGCCACGAUGAUUGUGGAGAUGCUGCAGACGCUGGGCUUUGAAUUAUGGCGCACUUACGGACGUCAAUUUCUUAAACUUCUGUUGUACAUUCAACAGCAAUAUAUACCAUUAUUGACGGCCUAUGUUGAGGGCGGACCAAAGACACGCCUGGAGAUGCUUUUGGCGAAGUUCUUGCGCGAGGGGCAGAUACCUCAGGCCGUGGGCAUCCUACCGCCCGGCUUUUGGUAGCAUGUAUUGUUUGUGUUUUUCGGUUAAGUAAAUUUAUAUUUCUUGUAAUUCUACCCAAAGGUAGUGUUUAUUAAACAAUUUUUAUUAUUAAA